AUGCUUCAAAGCGGAGUUUACACGCAGGACCCGGGUCGCUGUUGUGCACAACUUGACACAAAAAACAACAACAAAACAAGCACAACUUUGUUCAUUGUCAUUUUUAGGUUGCUGACACUGUACAGUGAACGGUUAGACACGUUGAUUCAUUGGAUAGCUCAAACCUACAAAGGAAAAAGACAAUGCUGGCAAACAAGAGGAGACGAGCAGGCGGUACUUGUGAACGUACUGAGUGACAUCUUGGAUACUAAUGCCGGCGAUGAUGACUUGGCUGUCGAACUCGUGAGCGAGGACAAGAAACCAUUAGCGAUGAGCACUACCUCGCACAGUUCUGCCACGAAACCGGGGACGACACCGAGUGUGAAGAAAUCGAGCAUUAAGUCUGCGACGAAACCCACGACUGCCAAGACAAAAACUGCAAAUGCGGCACCUUCGGGCCAGAAAGCCCGAUGCACACAAGGCCGCGAGUACUGAGACUUCAGCAAGUAAUAGCAAGAAAAAAGCUGGCACGUCUUGAUGUACGUAAAAAAGCAAGUGUCAUCGUCUGCUAAAGCGAAGGAGAAAACCAAGUCAGCACGGCUAAAGAUUGUGUUUUCGAAAGUCUACAACGUUCCCCGAGCACAAGACUCGUCCAGUCUUGACGUGGAAUACGCAUGUUGAAUUGUUCUUCAUUCCACCAUACUGCAUUCAAUGCGAGAUUAAUUCAUCCCAACUACCUUGAUGAUGAC